GGCCGGUGAUUCUUCAACAUAAGCAAAAAAAGAAGCGGGGAAAGUUCCUAAAGUACAGUCCUUAAAUAAUCGUGCAACAAAUCCGGCAGACGUUCACUUAAACAAAAGAAUCAUUCAAACUUAGAGAAUUCCCAUACAAGAAAGUUGCACCCAUUAUUGAUUAUCACCAACCAAUUCCACAUUCCUGAGAGAAAAAACCAACAAAAAUGGUUAUAAAAUCAUAUGCCCUGCAUACUGAUUAUUGUACUUUGCUUAGUACCAUGAGCACAACCAUGACACGUGCGAGGAAACGUUGGCACUUUGCUGGUGCAGCCAUCUAUUCCAUUCGGGCAUUUCUUUCUGUCCUUAAAAACACUAACCAGAGUAUCACUUAUCAGCAGUCUUAUACAGCACUUGAUGUUGAACCUGAUAGUCCUGCAACACCACCUUCGUCUUGUGUCGAUGCAACAAAGCUAGCUGACAUCGUGAAGGAGAAGAAUAUCGAUGCACUUCGAACGAUUGGCGGUGUGCACAAGAUUGCUACCGCUCUGAGGACUAAUGAGGCAAGUGGCAUUUCAGGGAGCGAACAUGAUAUUGGGUGGAGAAAAGAUAGGUUUGGGUUGAAUACGUAUAAGAGGCCUUCUUCGAAAGGAUUCCUUUAUUUUGUAUGGAAUGCCUUUAAGGAUCUUACCCUUAUUAUACUUUUGGUUUGUGCAAUUCUUGCUUUUGGUUUUGGGGUUAAACUACAUGGUAUUGAAAAAGGGUGGUAUGAAGGAGGAAGUAUAUUUGUGGCUGUUUUUCUUGUUGUUUUUGUUACUGCUAUAAGUAACUUUAAACAAGAUAGACAGUUUAACAAACUGUCAAAAAUUAGUGAUAAUAUAAUGAUUAGUGUUGUGCGGGAUAGUAGGCCACAACAAAUCUCGAUUUUCGAUAUUGUUGUUGGAGAUGUUGUGAUUUUAAAGAUUGGGGAUCAAAUACCAGCUGAUGGGUUGUACAUAGAUGGACAAUCUUUGCUGAUAGAUGAGUCUAGUAUGACAGGGGAAAGUGAUCAUAUUGAGGUGAAUUCUACGAGUAACCCGUUUCUUCAUUCGGGUUCAAAAGUUGGUGAUGGGUAUGGAAGGAUGAUGGUUACUUCGGUUGGGAUGAAUACUUCAUGGGGCGAGAUGAUGAGUUCGAUUAAUCGUGAUAUAACAGAACAAACUCCGUUACAAGUGAGACUCGAUGGGUUAACAUCAGCAAUAGGGAAGGUUGGUUUGCUUGUUGCUUUUCUUGUUCUUGUAGUGUUGUUUGUUAGGUAUUUCACCGGAAAUACAAGCGAAGAGGACGGAAACAAGAAGUUUACUGAUAGUAAAAAGGAUAUUAACUCGGUACUUAGUUCUGUGGUUCGUAUAAUCUCUGCUGCAGUCACAAUUGUGGUUGUAGCAAUUCCAGAGGGCUUGCCAUUGGCUGUAACACUCACACUUGCUUAUUCGAUGAAAAGGAUGAUGGCAGAUCAUGCGAUGGUGAGAAAACUCUCGGCUUGUGAGACAAUGGGGUCUGCCACGGUCAUUUGCACUGAUAAAACCGGAACUCUGACAUUGAAUCAGAUGCAAGUGACUAAGGCAUGGAUUGGGGAAGAAGAAUGCUCUCGAGCAACUAAUCCUAGUGUUCUUGAGUAUCUCCGACAAGGAGUUGCUUUAAACACAACGGGUGUAGUAUACAUACCAUACGAAGGAGGAGUACCGGAGAUUUCAGGAAGCCCAACUGAGAAAGCAAUUCUUUCUUGGGCAAUCAAGGAAUUGGACAUGAAUAUGGAGACGAUAAAGCAAAGUUGUUCAAUUCUUCAGGUCGAGAGUUUCAACUCAACGAAGAAAAGAAGUGGGGUAAUGAUAAAGAAAGAGUUUGAUGACACUAUAUAUGUGCACUGGAAAGGAGCAGCAGAAAUAAUUCUAUCAAUGUGCGCGUACUAUUACACUGCUGCAGGAAUAAAAACGGAGAUGGAUGAAGUUGCAAGGAGAAGAAUCGGACUACUAAUUGAGGGCAUGGCAGCUAGCAGUCUCCGCUGUAUUGCGUUUGCUCAUAGAGAGGUCUCCCAUAAAGAUUUAGUGUAUGAAGAUGAAAACAAUAAGCCAAAGCUUACAGAAGAUGAUUUGACCUUAUUGGGGAUUGUAGGUCUAAAGGAUCCAUGUCGUCCAGAGGUUAGGAAGGCGGUAGAUGUCUGCAAAAGAGCCGGAGUAAAAAUCAAAAUGAUCACAGGAGACAACAUUUUCACAGCAAAAGCCAUAGCUGCAGAGUGCGGCAUACUUGGAUAUCAACAACAGGAAGGCGAAGUUGUCGAAGGAGUCGAAUUUCGAAACUACACACACGAAGAACGAAUGCAAAAGGUUGACAGAAUAUGUGUAAUGGCAAGAUCAUCACCCCUCGAUAAGCUAUUAAUGGUUCAAUGCUUAAAGCAAAAGGGUGAAGUCGUUGCAGUUACUGGAGACGGCACAAAUGAUGCACCAGCUCUCAAAGAAGCAGAUAUCGGACUUUCAAUGGGAAUCCAAGGAACCGAGGUAGCUAAAGAGAGUUCAGAUAUCAUCAUCCUAGAUGACGAUUUCAGCACUGUUACAAACGUAUUAAGAUGGGGGCGAUGUGUUUUUAACAACAUACAAAAGUUCAUUCAAUUCCAACUUACAGUAAAUGUGGCCGCACUUGUAAUCAACUUUAUAGCAGCAAUAUCAGCAGGAGAAGUUCCUUUGACAGCAGUUCAACUUUUAUGGGUGAAUCUCAUAAUGGAUACAUUAGGAGCUCUUGCCCUCGCUACGGAACGCCCUACUAAAGAGCUACUCGACAAGCCCCCGGUUGGAAGAACAGCACCUCUCAUAACCAACAUUAUGUGGAGAAAUCUCCUAUCCCAAGCCUUGUAUCAGAUCACCGUGCUCCUAGUAUUGCAGUUCCGAGGUAUGGACAUCUUCAACGUCGACACGAAAAAAAAGAAUACGCUCAUAUUCAACACCUUUGUUUUAUGCCAAGUUUUCAACGAAUUCAAUUCGAGAAGGAUGGAAAAGAAAAAUAUAUUCCAAGGUAUUCACAGAACUCCUUUGUUUAUUGGAAUUAUUGCCAUAACACUCAUUCUUCAGGUCAUAAUGGUAAUGUUUUUGAAAAAUUUUGCUAAUACUGUGAAUUUAAAUUGGAAACAAUGGGCUGCUUGUAUUAUCAUUGCAUUUGUUACAUGGCCUAUUGGUUUUCUAGUUAAAUUCAUUCCAGUUCCAGAAGAACCCAUCUUCAGUUCUCUACCAAGAUUAGCAGCCCGAACCAGAAAGUUGAUAUUUAGCUCCAAAAUUGUUGUAUAAAACAGACUUAUACAAUAAUUUUUGUACUUUGUAUUUGUGAAUUUUUGUAUCUACUAGUUUGGAUUGGUUAGGAUAAGACCCUUGCCUGUAAAUCUUGACCUCCCUCGCCAAUAGAAUACAUUCAGAAUUGUUAAUUUUCAUUGUAAACUUGGUACAUUUAAGGCUUUAUACAUUCAGGAUUGGUAUUUACAUUGUGAACUUGAACUUUAAGCAUCAUGCUACAUCACAUUGCAUUAUUGUCUAACCUAUCACACAGGGCCAGAGCUACAAGUGGACGAAGGUCGGUCACUGUCUAUUGUGUAACC